CUAAAAACUGGGAAGAUGUGUGACAAGGAAGAUUAUUUGACUGGUUACCGGGUGUUCUUCGAGAACUUCGCGGCGACGGUAAAUCCAGAGGACCAACUACCAGUGAAUAUAGCUGGGUACACAAUCACAGAAUCCGAAUUACCGGGAGAGGUACUUUACUGGACCACUCAGUACCUAACCGAGAAACAAUGUCCGCUGACACUGAUGACACCAAUGCUUCGCAUUAUCCUUGACGAAGUGCGAGUUGCAGCGAAGAAAACACCCAAUGAAUUUGGGUACAAAUCUGACGAAUCAGUGUAUAUAGCCCUAAGGCUAAUGCAAGCGGUGACAGCCCGUGUCAACGAAAUCUGCCUAAGAUACUUGGACAACUCGCGUUUAGACUCUUUACCGCCCCCGCCGCCACUUGCGCAACGCGAAAUGAAGACAGUAUCCUGCGCCACUAAGAAUUCCAGACGUGUUAUGGAAGAUCGACACGUUGAAAUUGGGAACUUGGAGGCUUUAUUUGGAAUUGAGACGACAGAAUCCACAAGUUUCUAUGCAGUGUACGACGGUCACGCAGGCUCGGCAGCAGCGACAUACUGCGCCGCUCACCUCCAUCAGUACCUGGUGGAAAGUGCUCAUUUCACCAAGGACUUGCAGCGCGCCAUGCGAGAAGCAUUUUUGCGUACUGACACUGAGUUCGUGCGCAAGAGUAACCAAGAGCGAGCCUGCGGCGGUAGCACAGCGGUGGCAGUAACAGUUCGAGGCAGAAAGCUACUCGCGGCGUGGGCGGGGGACUCUCUCGCUCUACUCGCAAAACGCAUGCGCCUUAUGCAACUUGUCAGACCUCAUAAACCUGGAAGACAGGAUGAAAGGGAUCGAAUAGAACAAUCUGGGGGCACAGUCAUGUACUGGGGCACUUGGCGGGUCAACGGACAACUAGCUGUAUCACGAGCUAUCGGUGACGCGCAAUACAAGCCCUAUGUAACAGCGAGCCCUGAGAUUGUAUCAGUUGACCUUGACGGCGAUGAGGACUUUGUGGUGGUGGCCUGCGAUGGUCUGUGGGACUUCGUCAGCGAGGACGACGUCGCCUUGGCCGUGUAUCGACAACUGGCUGCUGAUCCUGAUGACUUGAAGGCGGUGACGAAGCGGCUGGUGUUGCAAGCCAAGCGGCAAGGUUCCGCAGACAAUAUCUCCAUCAUCGUGGUGUUCCUCAAGGACCCGCGAGACAUCGCAGUCGACAACAGCCCGCCCAUGGAUCUUGGGCUGGAUAACGCACUGGCGAACGCUCCGCCGUUCGUCAUGGAGACAGAGGCGUGUAAGCGCCUGGACGCCACGGCCGUGGAAGCCGAAGCCGGCGAAUGUGCCGACGCAGAAGCGGACAACGGCGUUGACAAUUCCGACAGCGACAGCGAGGACCUCGGACCCGAGACUGCAGUCGAUGCUGAUGACCUUGAAGCGGAAAGACUUCAUGAUCCUGCGCCACCGACUCCGCCUGCACAUACUGUGGAGACAAACCACGUCGACGGUGGGCUGGUAGAUAAUGUAGCUGAGAGCGGCGAGGACUCCGAAGACGAGUGGAACUACUUCAAAGGCGAGGGUGAGCGCCGCGCCGAGACUGACGAGCCGCCGCGCUCUGACACUCCCUGCCAAGAUAAUUCGGGUUGGGAAACAAGCUCAGUAGACAUGAACAGCUCUCCACUCAAUCCGGACGCGCCAGUGUUCGUGCCAGGCACCGUCUCAGGCGCCGACGUCUUACUGGCCGAGUCGCCGCGGAAGCCUCUGCCCAUGGACGACAUUGAACUCCCUGAUGUGGCCCAGUUUCAAACAGAGGCAGUUGUACGUCCAGCGGAGCUGUUGGACCUCGAUAACUGCGAUCAACUCAAUGGACACCAUAAUGUGUCCGUAAACGAGCCAGGCAAAGAACAUUUGAAUGGCAACGACAAUUGCAACAUGGACAGCCUGGGCUUCGGCUUCAGUGUGGGUGUGGAAACCGACAAGACAGACACUGGCCUCAUUCAGGACUUCGAGAGGAUACAGAAGGAUACUACAGACUUCUGUAAUAUACAGGUGUUCCAAGCGCGCACUGAAACAAACCCGUUCGCCGAUGAAGGCAAUGAAGAACUCCUCGAAAGGCUGAAAAACAAGGAGAGAGAUCCCAUGAGCAUGAGUUUCUACCAAGAGAAGGACGACGACACGUGCGAGCGGCUGCGCUCGCCGGCCGUGGACCUGAACGCCGUGCAGCCGCUGCCCGACAGCGACGACGACGACGCGCUCAACGGCCACGCCGACGACAAGGAGAACGUGCGCCCCGAAACAGGUACCAUCGAGCCCGACAACGACGCCCUCCGCUUCGACGACCGCGCCGACCCCUUCGCAUACUCCGCCUCGCCUUUCCAGGAGGUCGUCGCCCCGGUCGACAACUUCAUAGAUUUCACCAACAAUAUGCAGCAACACGAUUCCAACAUGGAAUUCGAUUCUAGCAAUAGCCCCCAGGAAGUCGCCCAGACCGACACGCCCGAAUCUCAUAAACUACUAUUCGAACAAAUUCCCGAAAUUCCUGACGGAAAGAGUUCCGAACUAGGCUUCGCGAACGAGGACCUGUUGGACCCCUCGGAGAGUGAAGUGCGCGCGACCACCACGCAGGACGAAACUUCCCAGGACGUCGAUAUGGAUAGUAAAACGGACAACUCUCCUUGCGAAGAAACGCGAUCAGAAUUAAGUCCCGACUUGAAGGAAUCAGUUGAGGAGGAUAACGCUGCACCGUUGCAACCUCUGCUACAAUUAGAUAACACGGGAAAUGAAAUUCUUUCAGAGUCAGAAGUACACAUAGAAGAUCGACAGGCUGCCGACAUCGAUCACGCGAUAUUCGCAGCACCUGACGACAAACCGCUCGCGAUUACGCCGGAACACGACAUUCAAGAGAACAUCGUGGUGGACGUGCACCAUCAGCCCAAGUCGCACGACGACGACGCUCGCGUUGAAACCGUACACACAGACAACAUUUACAAAGACUUGGAUGCACAAAACGACUUCCUCGGACAAAAAACAUACAUUCAAGCGGCGGCGUCGCCGGCCGCGACGCCGGUGCCACCGCAGCGCGUGGCCGCGGAGUCUCCACUUCCGGUAGAUUCGCCACUGCCAGCCGAGCAUGCAGUCCCGGCUGACGCGAUGUUUUUGGCGGACUCGCCGCUGCCGGCGCACUCUCCUCUGCCCACAGACACGACCUUCCUUGCUGACUCCCCGGUCCCAGCCGAACGGCCGGUCGCAUCGCCACUUCCUGCUGAGGUACCUUUGCCCCGGGAAUCGCCGAUGCCGGUCGACGAUGACGCACGUUCCCCUGUACCAGAGUCGCGAUUCGGGAACGCGUCGCCGGCAGCCGUCUCCCCAGUGGCCGUCGUAGACGUACCGGCAGCGGCGUCCCCCUCGCCUGCGGCGUUGGAGGAACGCCUUAGUGCUGCGCCCGAUACGUCGCCGAAGCCGGUGCACUCGCCCAGCGGUCCCGCCCCCGAUAUAGUACCUGAAGAGCCGCCGCGCUCAGACCUCGUCACCGACAUCGACAUCGGCAUUCCCGAGUCACGAGCGCAGGAGAUCUGCCUGCCAGUCACCAACGAGAUCCAGAGCGAGGACGGCGCGCAGCCCGCGGGCACGCCGCCACCCACGCCCGCCGCGCCGCUGAGCGCGACGCCCAUCGCCGCCGAUCCCGUUCCCGCCGCUGCCGCGGCCACAGCGGCGAUCGCCGCCACCGCCGCGGUCGCUGCCGUCGCGGGCAAGACCAAGACACCCGCUUCAGCAGCGAAAAAAUCUCCAACGACGCCGAAAGUAGAUGCACGAACGCCGAAAGUAGACACGCGAACGCCGAAAGCGAGCGCUGUAGCGCCGCGAACGCCCGCUUCCGCGAAAAAGCCGGCAACUCCCGCGGCGUCGGCGACCAAGGCCGCACCGGCCAAGACGACGCCCGCGCGGACUCCGGCUUCCGCCGCGAAGGCUGCAGCCCCGGCCGCGCGCACUCCGACCGCGAAGGCCGCCGCGCCCGCCGCCAAGCCCGCAACCGAGGUCGUGACAAAGAACACGGAUGCACAUAUAACUGUCAAGCAGCUAACGCAUUUGUUGGAACAACGGAUAACAACCUAG